UAGAGGAAAGAAAAAUUCAUUUCUUUUACUCUUCUUCCCUAUCUGAUUAUCUUCCUCUAUUGGGGUUUUUCUAUUUUCUUUUAUAUCCUUUAUCAAGAUUCACAUAUCUUUGAAUCCUGUUAUGUUUUUUUUGUUAUUUUAAAAAAGAAAAACUUUUUAUUGCUUGCUUCCCUUAAUAAAAAUUCCUCUUUGUAUCUUGUCAAUUCUGUAAUUCCUUGAAAGAAUUCAUAUAUGGAGGUUUCUUCAAGCCUGAAAAUGAUGACUUUGGAAUAUUCUCAAUUAUUUUCUUUGAAUACUUAAGUAAUUUUGUAUGUUAUAUAAAUGUAAAUAUUUUAGACAUUUCUUGUUGGAUAGUAUUAAGUUGAUCAAAACCCAAACAUGGAUUUAUUAUGAUCAUGAUAAAAAUUGAAUCUUUGGAGCAUUAACUGCAAUUGGAUCCAUUUUUUGAUGCCUGGAUUCAUAUUAAUAGUAUCAAUUAUCAAUCAUUUUUGUUUGGUAUAAUUUCCUAAAUGAUUCUCUUAUUAUAGACACAAGCAAGAUUAUUAUUACAUUUUUUUGUUACUGUUGUUACUGCUUGUUGAUACUGCUCAUUUUCGUUUUGUCCUUGAGACGAGGGUCCCCAGAAACAGCCUCUCUACCUUCACAGGGUAGCGGUAAGGUCUGCGUACAUACUACCCUCCCCAGACUCCACUUGUGAGCCUCUCUACCUUCACAGGAUAAGAAUAAGGUCUGCUCAGACCUCACUUGUGGGACUAUACUGCGUAUGUUGUUGUAGUAUGUUUGAUGUUUGAAAUUGGCAUGGCAAUGUCUAAAAUCGACGUCAAAUCGUUACAAGAAACACUUUAUGUUCAAGAACAACUUAUAGAGAAGCUUUAUAAUGAGUUGGAUGAAGAAAGUGAAGCCUCAGCUAGUGCUGCAAGUGAAGCAUUGUCCAUGAUUUUACGUCUUCAAGGCGAAAAGGCUGCAGAGGAAAUGGAAGCAGAACAGUAUAAAAGAUUUGUGGAGGAAAAAAUGUGCCAUGCAGAUGAGUCAUUAUCCAUUUUUCAAGAUCUUAUUAAUCAAAAAGAGAUGGAAAUAGUUGCUUUAGAUUAUCAAACACAAGCUUAUCGAUAUAAGUUAUUAAGUAUAGGCUGUGAUGAUAUUGAAUUUAAUGAGGAUUUGUUUCAUAAGAAUGAAAGUUUUGAUCAAGAAAUGAGUGUUCAAGCUAUUGGGAGGUGUAAAUCAGCUCCAAAUAUUCCACAGAAAUAUGCUAAUCAGAUAAAGGGAAUUCUUGAUAAAGAUGAAUAUAUCAGUCAAGAACGCGAUUUGAAUGAUACUUCAAUGGAUGGAAGUAUAGAUUUAUACUGUGAGAAGAUUGAACAGUUGGAAGAAAGAGUUAAACAGAUUGCUGGUGCUAACUAUGCGAAAUCGUGCAGUAGUGAAAUGAGGUCACAUUUACCACUUUCUAAAAGGAACUAUUGUAACAAUUUCCUCGACGUUUACCAAGUUAAGCAUCGAGGAAAUAAAUCAGACAAUGGAACGUCUGUUCGUUCUGCUUCUCCUCCGAAGGUUCUUGAUGUAUUUGAAGUCCCUCGAGCUAUUAAAGACGACGAUAAGAUGAUUUGGCAGAGUGAUGAAAGGGUUGAAAAACAAGAUUUUGUCCCAAAAGAGGCUGCAAAACAACUUGUUAAAGAUCAAACUGAUUGCCUUAAGAAAUAUUUAGUACCUAUGCAGCAUGAGAACAAGUUACAUAAAGUAGGUGAAGCUGCUGCAGUCGACUGUCAUUUGGCGAUUUGCGCUACAACUAGUGCUUCAGAAACAGAAGAGAUUCGUCGUCUCAAUAGGACGUUUGAGAUAGCUGAAGUUGAGGUACAAGGAACAAGGCAAGAAUCCGACAGAUACGAAGAACUAAUGUUGUUACAUGAUAUUAAGGAGCAAAUAAAUUUGAUGCAAUCUGAAAUUAGAAGUUGGAAAAAUAAGAAAUCCCCUACAAGAGAUGAGUUAUCUGUAGUUUCUCUAACAGAGGUGAUGGUUUGCUUUUGGCUCUGAUAUCAGCUAUCAAAAAGCUUUCAAAUAGUGGUCCGACCCUUUCUCGGACACCGUGCAUAACGGGAGUUUAGUGCACCGGGCUACUCUUUUAUUCAAGAUGUUGAAAUUUGUACUUAUUAUGCCUUUUUUGAAUAUUGAAAAAGUCUUUUUGGCAUUUUUACAAGAAUGGCCAAAGAAUUGAUCAUUAGUGGCUUGUAAAUGUUGUAUGUUCCAUGAAUCUGCAACGACUUAAUUUACCACAUCAAGAACAUGAUAUCAACAUGAUAUUUUGCUUUGAAUUUCUCUCUAUCUUCUUGUGAGUUUUGGUUGUAAGUUAUCUCUGCUGCAGUU